GCAGGAGGCGGAAGCGUAGCGGGGGCGGGAAGGUUGUAGAGCCGCAUGUUGGGUCUCUGUCUGCCGGUCUGUAAGUGGUCGCGCCCCCUUUGAGAGAGCAUUCUGGGUGCGAGGAGGGUCCUGGGCGCUCUGGUAGCCCGGGCGAUUGUAAAUUGCUGACCAGUUGCCACUGCACAGAGUUGAAACAAAAUAGGAAGAUAUGGCAGCAAACUCAUCAGGACAAGGUUUUCAAAACAAGAACAGAGUUGCAAUCUUGGCAGAAUUGGACAAAGAGAAAAGAAAAUUACUCAUGCAGAACCAGUCUUCAGCAAAUCAUCCUGGAGCCAGCACGCACAUGCACACUCAUCUGGAUACUUCAUCACUCAAGACUCUGCAUUUGGGAAUCUUAUUCUUCCCGUCUUACCUCGCCUUGACCCAGAGUGAAGAAAAUAUUUGUAGCAAAAGCAACUAUAAAACCAAAUGCCAAAGCUACUAUCAUUUAGUGCUAUACAAACAGUGACUUACAGAAUUUUGGUGAACUUUUAUACUUUUUGCUUCUUUAAAAUAAAGGUAUGUGUGAUUCAAAGCAGAAGAGGAGGGUCGCCAGGAGGACGCGAGCUUUGGGAACUGUUCUCCACGAGGAACUGAUGAUGCUCCUUGUCACUGUUUUGUCACACAAAACAGUUUGGUUUUAGCUCCAAGUCAGCCUCUGGAUUGGAUGGUGGCAUACAUUCGCCCCGCACCCCCACCUGGGUGGGCCGGAUAUAUCACUGUCUGCAACAGACUUUCACGAACCGUUUGUAGUACUUAAAAAAAAUGAGGGUGCUUUUAAAAAUGUGAACCAAUGGGCUUAAAUAAGUUACAUUUAUAUUUGCUGUUUAUAGGAUUGCUAUCAGUGUAUCUUUUGUGUUUAUAGUCAACAUGUCAUCCUGAAAUCUUCUUUAACUCAUGAUUAUCUCCCUAAUUUUCCAUUUUCAAAGAAAAUCUCAGAUAAGACUAAGUUACCAACAAGUCUUAAACAUCUUUUAUAAACUAUGCCACAAUAAAUUAUGUGACUAAAGGCCAUUAGAAACAGUGAUAAGAAACGUGGUUUUAAAAUCUGUACGUCCUCUUAUUACUACACGUGUGGUGUGCCAGCGUUGUAUUGUCCAUUUUUGUUAUAAUUUAAGAAUGUAUGCAAGUCAAGCCCCUUUUUAAUUACUUUAAGGAGUUAGGAUAAGCAAGUUUCUCAGUAUGACUCAGCUUUAACAAUCUGGGGUGCCUGUUGAAAAAGGCAGUGCCUCCUACCUUAUUCCAGUCCUACAGAAUUAGAGCCUCCAAUUCAGAAGAGUCUGAAAACCAUAGGUAGGGGAAUUCAGUUUUCAUUACACACACACACACACACACACACACACACGUGUAUACAUAUGUAUGUAGGUAGGUAUAUAUACAUAUGUAUGUAUAUGCAUAUGUGUGUAUGUGUGUGUAUAAAGUCAUAGAUUUCUAUGUCCAUGAAACUUAGAGGUCACUUAGCUAAAAUCUAUGUGGGUUUUUUUUUUUUUUAACCUUUCAUAGGAUUGAAAUUAUAUUUUCUGCUAUAUCGCAAAUACAGUAUUUUAUAACUACUUGUAACUGACUUCAUAUUAGCCUUGAGUCCCCAUUGUCUCUGGUGGUAGGAACUGAAACUUAAAAUUCCUGUUUGGGUGAGUAUUUAAUUGAAGUUCGUCUUCCUUUCAGAGGAUUUCUUUCCCUCCUUCCCGAGGUAUUUGCAACAAUCGCAUAAGCCCUGUGUUAACCCAAACUAAUUAAAGCAGGAGGGGACACUUCUAGA